ACUCCUACAUCUUGAAAAUCUUGCAAAUUUACUCUCUCUCUUGUCCUUGUGCAUGCCUUUGUAGUCUGUAUUGUAUUUUCUCUGAAACAAUUGCCGUUUAGUUUCCUUUGUUCUGUUAUCUCUUCUUCUUCCAUGGCCAAAGUUAGAGCUCCGAGGAGACCCCUAGAGUCUUACACAGUCAAACACAUCAGCAAAACAAUUAAAGCUGGGGAUUGCGUGUUGAUGAGACCGGCGGAUCAGUCAAACCCUCAAUACGUGGCAAGAAUCGAGCGGAUCGAUGUUGACGCACGUGGGCGAAAUGUGAAGGUGCUUGCCAGGUGGUACUACAGGCCGGAGGAGUCGAUUGGAGGGCGGAGACAGUUCCAUGGAUCUAAGGAGCUCUUUUUGUCUGAUCAUUACGACGUGCAAAGCGCCGAUACCAUAGAAGGAAAGUGUACGGUCCAUAGUUUCAAGAACUACACCAAGCUUGAGGCAGUCGGGAAUGAUGAUUUCUUCUGUCGUUUCGAAUAUAAUUCCUGCACUGGUGCUUUCAACCCGGACCGCGUGGCCGUUUAUUGCAAAUGCGAGAUGCCUUACAAUCCUGAUGAUCUAAUGGUUCAGUGUGAAGGUUGCAGUGACUGGUUUCAUUCUGCUUGUAUAGAAAUGACGGCGGAGGAAGCCAAAAGACUUGACCACUUCUUUUGCGAGAGUUGUUCUUCUGAAGGUGGAUACAAAACGACGCCGGAGGUGAAUGAGAAAAGUACACAAAACCUAGCAUUUCAGUCACGAUGCAGUAGGAGUGGAGACGAAUCCAUAACCUCGUAGUUCAUAAUCCUUGAGUCGACAUAAACUGGUUUGAAAACUUAUGCUCUGUUUAUAUCGUGUUGAGGUCGGUCAGUGGGAGUGAACAAUGUGUUUAGUGAUGGAUCAUAACUGUCAUCACCCCU